AUGAUUGUCCAAUCCAACCCAGGUGUCUCUUAUGUUAUUCUUGGGAAAAACCGCUUCACUGGAAAUGUUCCAACACACUUAUGCAAGUUGCGUAGUAUGAAAAUAUUGGAUUUAUCUAAUAAUAACUUCUCUGGAGUUCUUCCCAACUGCUUAGGGAGCUUGAUUCAUUUACGCGUGGUGGAUCUUACAAAUAAUACUAUUAGAGGUGAUGUCCCGAAUUCAUUAGGUUCUAUAUCAUUUCUCCGAUCAUUGCACUUGAGCAAUAACAAAUUUGAAGGCAAUCUCCCAGUAGCCUUACAGAACUUGAUAAGCUUAGUCACCUUUGAUUUAGGGAACAACUUGUUGACCGGUAAGAUCCCUUAUUGGAUUGGAAAAAAGUUAUCGAAGCUUAAAAUCUUGAGUCUUCAAUCAAAUAAGUUCAUGGGUAAAAUUCCACUAGAACUAUGUGAAAUCAACGCUCUUCAGCAUUUAAACUUGGCAAAUAAUAACAUAACUGGAACGGUCCCUCAUUGUUUUUACUAUGGUAUUGGUAUGAUCAAUAGUAGUUACGGUGGCAAUAAGACCGUAAGUACCGAUAUCAUUUAUUACAAUAGCACUGGAUAUGAAGAAAAUAUUGUGACUUAUAUAAAAGGUAAUCAAUUGAAGUACACCAAGAGCAUUAGGUUUCUUAUAUCCUUGGAGCUCUCAAGCAACAAACUCAUUGGUGAAAUUCCCGAUGUUUUGAUGAAACUUGUGGCGUUAAAGAAUUUGAAUCUUUCUAAAAACUUAUUAAGCGGACAAAUUCCAACAACCAUCGGAAAUCUAAAGCAAAUGAAAUCUUUAGAUAUGUCGGCAAAUAAGUUUUCUGGUCAAAUUCCUUCAAGCUUAGCUAGCUUGAACUUUCUAAACUACUUGAACAUAUCCUUGAAUAAUUUAUCUGGCCCAAUACCAAUUGGAAAUCAGCUGCAAAGUUUAGGUGAUCCAUCUACUAUUUAUAAAGGGAACAAUGAGCUAUGUGGCCCCUCACUAUUAAGGAGUUGCGAAAAAGACAAUUUAUUGGAUGCUCAUGCUAGCAAGGAUGAAGGUAAAGAUGGGUCACAAGGUUGUACGUGGUUUUAUGCUGGUAUAAUCUCGGGUUUUUUUACGGGCUUGACGGGACUUGUUGGUAGCUUGCACUUUAUUAGGAUUUUGAGGCCAAGAAACUCUAGCAACCUAGAGUCUGCUUCUAGCAACCUAAACAAGCUUAAAGACAUGUAUGGUGACUUGACUACCGAUAAGGAUGGUGCACCAGACUCUAGGGCUCCUUCUGGGCUGAAGAGGUCAUUUCCGCUUGGUGAUUCUUCUUGGAGGUAA